AUGGCGGAAAUUAAAACGGGAAUCUUCGCUAAGAAUGUCCAGAAAAGGUUGAACCGCGCUCAGGAGAAGGUUCUGCAGAAGCUCGGUAAAGCAGACGAGACCAAAGAUGAGCAGUUUGAACAAGUGGUCGUUAACUUCAGGAGACAAGAGUCUGAAGGCUCGCGGUUGCAACGGGAGAUGAAGUCCUACAUGUCUUCAAUUAAAGGGAUGCAGCAGGCCUCCAUCAACCUGACUCAGUCUCUGCAUGAAGUCUAUGAGCCAGACUGGCACGGCAAAGAUGACGUCAUGGUCAUCGGGAAGGACUGUGAUGCAUUGUGGGAAGAUUUCCACAACAAACUGGUGGACUCGACCCUGCUGAACCUGGACGAGUACCUGCUGCAGUUUCCAGACCUGAAGACUCGUGUGGCCAAAAGAAGUCGGAAACUUAUCGACUACGACAGCGCUCGGCAUCAUAUGGAAACUCUGCAGACUUCUGGGAUGAAGAACGAUCGGAAGAUGAUGAAGGCAGACGACGAGCUGAAAAAGGCCCAGAGAGUGUUUGAUGAGCUGGAUGUUGGUCUGCAGGAUGAACUGCCAUCUCUGUGGGAAAGCCGGGUCGGAUUCUACAUCAGCACUUACAAAAGUGUGACGAGUCUGGAGGCAAAGUUUCACCGCGAGAUUUCUCUGGUGUGUAGGCAGCUGUAUGAGGUGAUGACCAAACUUGCUGAGCAGCACUCUGACAAAAUGUUCACCAUCCAAGGAGCACCGAGUGAUUCUGGACCUCUGCGGCUUGCCAGAACACCAUCACCACCAGAAGACGAGAGUCCACCUGAGAGUCCAGACGCAAGCUCCAAUCACAUGCUCCGCCCCGUCUCACCUGGACCUCCACGGCCCAAAUCCCCAAUACAGCUUAAAAAGGGACCCCCGGUGCCCCCCCCACCAAAGGCCACCCCCACCAAGGAGGUGGCAGAAGAACAGAUCAUUGACCUGUUUGGAGGAGAGUUCUUACCAGCACCUUCACCAUCGCAGCCCAAUGAAAGACCCGGAGAAUCUCUUCUCGACAUGGACUUUGACGCUUUCCAGCCUGAUGAAAGUGUCUCACCGAUACCACAGACAGCUGUGCCUUGGGACAUGUGGUCGGCGAGUGCCCAACCAGCAGAACCUGUGAACAAAGAAUUUAACGGAUUUUCACAGGAUGCAGCUGCUUCAUCCUUUUUUGCUGAUUUUGAUAAGAUGACUCCUUCAGCUGAAGAGGCCAAAAUAUCUCCAACUGAAGCUUCUCCAUCGGAAUCAGUUUCAGCUCCAGAGGAACGGAGGGAGAGUCCUGUGGAUGAAGCUUCGGAAAAGAUGCCGAUCCCAUCCGUGGUAAUUGAGCCUGCUUCCAGUAAUGAAGGCGAUGAUGACCGUGAUGCUGACAUCAUCUCUCCCACCGCCACCAGUGAUAACGACGUAACUGCUGCAAACCAAACCAUCAAACACAUGAGCCCAUCAGGUGGAGUCUCAGGACUUCCUGACGACUUUCUGUACAAGGUGGAGACCAUCCAUGACUUUGAGGCUGCAAAUUCUGAUGAGCUAGAAUUGAAGAAAGGUGAUGUGGUGUUAGUGGUUCCCACUGCUUCAGUAGAGGAUCAGGAUGCUGGCUGGCUCACUGGGUUCAAAGAGAAUGACUGGUUAGCACUGGGAGUUAGUGCUGUUAAAGGACUUUUCCCAGAUAACUUUACGCAGCGUUUGGAGUAAGAAGACUCUUCAGCUGGUGGGAAAAAAUAAGCAUAAGUGAGAGACAUGGGUGCAUAAGUCAUCUAGUUAGCAUGUAGCCAACCCCUUUUUCUGACAAAACAAAACAAAACAAACCUCAUAACCUGCUGCAGCGGUCUGUUGGACAACGAUAGGCUACAGAAACUAAUUCCCAGCAUUACAGAACAUUAAUAAGCAUGAUGUGAUCGUAUGGUCUACCCUUAUCUGGAAAUAAGAUGUUUGGUUUAGAGGGAAUAUUGCAAUCUGUACAUGUUCACACUUACAAAGCAGGAACAUUGUUUCUGAAGAAAAAAAAACCCAGCAAAACAAAGAAACAGCUGUUCCUGUGUUGUGCUGAUUUUGUUGCUCUGCUGUUGAAUAUACCAGAAUUUGUAGUGCUGUGAUCUGUUUAAAUGUUAUUGACUAUAACAUAAAACUCUUGAGUUUGUUUGUUUUUCAGAUGUUAUCACUGUUAUCACUAUUUGUGUGUUUCUGUAAAUCAUGAGUGUGUGUGUGGGGAUGUGUUGUUUGGCAUAUGUGGUAAAGAAAUAAGUAAUUGAUGGGUGUUGCUGUGGUUCUGCCAAAAGAAAUAUUGACCUGUAUUAUCUUAUCAUUGGGGCACAAACUGUCCAUGUCAAGCAUGAAAAUCUAAAAUAUUUAUAAUAGUAAAAGUUUCAAGACAAGCAAAUAAAGUAUUUCCCUGCUAGUGAAAAUAUCUUUCUGUAACUAAUGUCUAUAAAAUCUUAUUUUCAAGUCAUCCAGAAGGAGGUUUAAUCUAAUCAGCUGACAGAGAAGGUGUUAACCAAUCCAAUAUGCAAUCUAUGUUGUUGGCAUAUAUCAGGUAUCAUAUCUCAAACUGUAUUACAACAGUUUCUAAAUCAACAAGUAUGAUGUAAUUUUUUUAAAUAGUGAAGUUAAACCUCCGUGUGGACUGUUCUGUGAUGUACAUACAAUAAGCAUUUAUGUGACAGUCA